AUGGAGGUGGUGGAGACUGUAUUUUCCAUUGCACAAAAGAUCUAUGCAUUGUGUGAUCAGGCCACUUCCAACAUAGAACAAUGUACACGUCUGAAGAAAAGGGUUGAAAUAUUACUGAUACCUGUCGAUAAGUUAAAGUCCCAGAACGACAAGUCCAAGGAACUGAAGAAGGUGGGUGGGGAGCUUCAGAUGACUUUAAAAAAUGCAAAAUCCUGGGUCAAAAAGUACUCCAAGCAGGAAUGGUGGAAGAAGAUACUAAAGGCUAAUAAAAUUAAAGAAGAAUUUGAUCUCAUUAAUGACCGUCUCAGUGAUGCUGCAGAAGCCAUCUCUUUGCUACUAGCUGUGGAAAAGAGAGAAACAUUCCUUAAAUAUUUUAAUGAAAAAAAUAGGAAGAAACAAAACCAGGUAGCUUUACAAAAGGACUUUGAAGAUCUGAAGCAAUAUUUGUCAUCUGAGAUUAAACCGCUGGCUGACAGAGUGGAUCACUUGAAUGACGGAAUACAGGACAUUCUCAAAAGGGUCGAUAAACUAAGAGUUUGCUUUCAGCGCACUCCUUGGGAAAACACCUCAGUGAUAAAUCCAUCAGAUAUGAAGCGCGGAGAGCUGUUGAUAGAGAAACCAGGUCACAAUACAUACAAAGGAGAAUACCAUAGGACCCCAGUGGCUAUAAAAGUACUAAAGGGUGAUCUGGUCCAAGAUGAUGCACUUGUGAGGGCAACCUUUAAUUCAGAGAUUAAGAUGAUGAAGAAAUUUGAAUGUCUGAAUAUUCUACGACUCUAUGGCAUCUGUAUCGAUAAUUCCAAUGGUGGACCACACUACUCUAUGGUGAUGGAGUUGUGUGAAAAGGGGACUUUGCGGGAAUUGCUGACACGAGAACCAAAUCUUUCAUGGGAGCAACGUGUUCGAAUGUCCUUGGAUGCAGCAAGGGCCCUUUACAGGUUGCAUCACACCGAGGAAAAAGCAAUUUUACAUGGGUGUCUGAGUAGUCACAGAUUCUUGGUGAAUGACAGUUAUUAUCUAAAGUUGGCUGGAUUUGAGCUCUCAAAAACGGAGUCAUCCAUGAGAAAAACUCCUAAUGCAGAUAAACGCAAUGAAAAUACUGACUUGGCAUACAUCGCACCAGAGGCCUUGAAGAGUAUCACAGCAUAUAACAAGAGUAGUGAGAUAUAUAGCCUCGGAGUUGUGUUGUGGGAGAUUGCAAGUGGAUUAGUUCCGUUACAGAGUUUUGCACAGACUGUACUGUCUCUUCCCAUACAUACUGCAUCAAUGACACUGGAGGGGACAGAAGCGAGCAGACAAGCAGAAACUGACCAGUACGAUAAGAAUUUCACUGAUUUGUACCAAAAGCAAUUUGAGGAAAUGGAAGCUGCCAUUCCUGUAGACUGCCCAGCUUUCUUACGCGACAUCAUCAAAAGUAGUCAAGCCAUGGAUCCUAAUGACCGUCCCACAGCUGGAGUUAUUGUAGAUCUGCUAAUGGACCAUUUAAAUAAGCCUGAAAAUUAGAACUUCCGUUCUGAGCCUGCUAAGUAGAUAUGUGACCUAUUACUCAGGAAUCAUCAUGCUGUUUCCAAUUUUUAUGCCACUCUAAGUCAGUAUCAGAUUGAAGACUGACACCUUUGGCAAACCACCAAAAGUAUUAAUUUCAUUUAAAACUGAACCUAAAACAUUGAAAUCAGAACCUUACAUCCACAGUGGAACCACUAAAACAAAUGGUAACUACUUUGGAAGAUAAUGGACAAAGAUAUUUCAGUGAUUCCGACUCAAUAUCUGAAUCAGGGAGAAAUUGAUAAAUAGUCAUGAAAUAAAUUAGAACAGUCAGAGUCACUGAUGAGCGGAUUGCGGAUUAGAAUGAGAUAUACCCCGGAUUGUAAAUUGAGAUACUGCACCAUCAUGAAUUAAUAAAUUGGAAGCAUAGGGCUCCAGAAAAAGGAAUGCCUGCUCUUACUAUCAGAAAUCCUCUAUCUUUGCAUUUUAGCACAUAAAAGUGCACUUUCUCCACUCACCUUUACUCAGGAUCUGCUUUUUUUUUAUUCACAACACUUUUGCAUUGGGUCCAUUCUAACAGAUACAAUUACUGUAUGGACAUUUUGAGCACACAAAAUUAAUUAUAUAAACUUCCUGCACCAGGAUUACCACAAGUAACUAUAUAUGUGGUGUUUUGUCCCUAGCCCUUUACAUCCCCAAUCAGAUCAAAUCAAUAUAUAUAUCUUUUUUUUUUUAUAUAUUGCCCUCUCUAUCUACCUGCUUCAUACAUUCCACACAGUGCAUUUUGACAUUUUGCUAUGGAUCUAUGUAAAAGUAUAUUGUGGUCCAUUAGAAGAGUGUUUCUCAACCCAACAUGCCAAGUUUUCAUUAUAACUGAACUAGAGCACAGGUGAAAUAAACAGCUGAUCAGUAACCAUGGUUACUAACCUGCUCUCACUAAUCAGCUGAUUAUUUCACCUGUGCUCUAGUUCAGCUAUAAUGAAAAUCUGGCCUGUUGGGGGUACUUGAGGACCGCGGUUGAGAAACACUGCAUUAGAAGACUUAGGGCCUCAUAUGUAGUCCUUUCAAUAGCACUCGUUAUCCAACACUUAUCCAGCGAAUAGAAGAAAAGGAUUGCAAAUACAGUUGGUCAGUCUUAUGUGCCUUGUUCUUCAGUAACAUCAAAUUUAUGAAAAAUAUUUAAAAUGCCAACACGAGAACUUUGCUUUAAUUGUGAACAUUUAGUAAUUCUUUGUUUCAAUGUUCCAAAAGGAAACUGACGAAUAACGUGAUUUUUUUCAUAAAUGAAAUGUGUCAAAAUAAAAGUUAUAUAUCCUAUAUAAAAAUGCAGUGAAGAGUGGGAAAAAUAAGACCCCACAGCUGUUUGGCUUAGAACAGGGGUUUUCAAAUGUGUCCUUAGGCCUCCCUAACAGUCCAGAUUUUCAGAAAAUCUGAACUGGAGCACAGGUGAAAUAAUCAUCUGAUUCGUAAACAUGGUUAUUAACCCUUUUGCUGCUAAGCCUUUUUUAUAAAAAUAAGAGGUAGGCCCAGCACUCACUGCAAAAUAUUAGGUGCGCAUACCCCAAAUCCAAACGGCGAACAAAGAGUAGCAGCACCAAAGUAUCAGUUUCAAUAGCCUUUAAUGUGAGACACACAUAAAAGAAAAACGACGUUUCGGUCAGCACCUGACCUUAAUCAUGUUGGAUAUACGUCGUUUUUGUUUGAUGUGAUGGCUCACAUUAAAGGCUAUUGAAACUGAUACUUUGGUGCUGCUGCUCUUUGUUCGCUGUAAGUCUUUUUUAUAACCCAGCGCUGAGCCAAUUUUUAUCUAUUUUUGCUACCUACAUGUAACUCUUUUGUAAGUCAAAUUUUUGUAUUGUUUUUGUCCGCAGGCCCAGCAGAUUCACAAUAUACCAUUAUUAUAUUUAUAUUUCUUGGUAUAUGAGAUAGCUGCGGCACAAAUUUUAAAAAACGUGUAUAUUUUUGCGUAGAUUUUAGUAAAUAAUAUUGAAAAUGGCCAAGUGACCACUGCUGUUACACAUAUAAUGUCCCAUUCCCUUGCAAAUUCCCAUUUGGUUUUAUUUACUUUAUUUUUAAUAUAUCUUGUUUGUAUUACUGCUCCACCAUUUGAAAAAGCAAGUGAUUCUCUUUCAAAUGAGUGGUCUUGGAUGUGUGUAGCUGCUAAGGUUGCCGAGAUCAAGGGGUUUGAAGAACCUCCCCCCCAUUACGCUACUUUGCAGCUACCUAAGCUUGCUUGUUCUGCCCCCUUGAAGCCUGGGAGUGCUGCCCACUAGGUCACCAAUGGCAUAUAAAGCGCGGGAUCUCAAAAAACAGCAUUUGAAAACCGAUCUCCCUGCAUGACGAAAAGGUCUUAACAUAUGCUCACAACCUAUGGCUACAUGAUAUCAUGCACAUUGUGAUGGUUAACCUGCUCUCACGUAAGGUAAUCCUAAAAAUAUUGCCUGUUAGAGAGGUUUGAGGACAGGUUUGAAAACCCCUGGCUUAGAAUGAUUUUAAUUAGAAUUAUCUAAAUAUGUUCAUUUUACAUUAUAUAAUCAAAUACAUAAUAAGGUUCAUGUGUUUAUGUUAAUGUUUGAAUGUAUUCUUACAGCUAUAUAAGUCUUAUAUAUUCAUUAAAUACUAUUUCUUUCUAAUGGCAGUGAGAGUCCACAAAGUCAUUAAUUACCUAUGGGAAAUACUUCACCUGGCCAUCAGGAGGAGGCAAAGACACCCUCUACCAAGGGUGUCCACAAGGGGGGGCGGGGGCAAGAGGAGGCAUGCUGGAAUAAAACUGCAGAGAGAAAAAAGACAAUUGAAUGUCCUUUUCUAUGUCUUUUAAUCCUCUCAAUGUAGUUCAGUUUUAGGGGUCUAUUUAUCAAGCUCCGAAUCAACUCGAUCGAAUAUGAUUGGGUUGAUUGACACCCCCUGCAAGCGGACGAUUGGCCGCGAAUCUGCAGGGGUCGGUAUUGCACCAGCAGUUCACCACUGCUGGUGCAAUGAUAAAUAUCAACAGCAUAUGCUGUCGGCAUUUAUCGAUGUGCGGCGGACAUGGUUCGCUAUAGCGGAUCAUGUCCAUCCGCACAAUGAUAAAUGGACACCUUAGAGGAAGAAGCACAGUAUUCUGGGAAUUACAAAGCAUUCCGGAAAUUAUAGUUCACUAUUUACCUCUCAGUAUUGUGCACUACAGUUCUGAACUCUAAUUCCCAGCAUGCAUUGUACAGUUAUUUCCCUGCCUUGCUUGAACUGGUGCUGCAAAGAUGGAACACUUCAAAACAAAUGGAUAAUAUGUAAGCCUGCUCUUAUAUAAAAUCACUGACCUUGUUGCUCUUUACUUGUAAAAAAAAAUUGUAUAUAUAUAUAUGUUCAUGUGUGAAAAAACUAAACCUCUCAUUAGCAGCCAACACUGGGAAAAGUCAGAUAAGUUGUAGUUUUUUUUUUUUCUCUCCUUUUUUUUAAGGAACCUGAAGGAGAACUGAUUGUGACCCUUAUCAUGGGCUGGGCAUAUUGAUCAUCUUACAGAACACAGGCUCUCCCUUAUUACACUUAUUUGUAAACAGAAGGAAGAGUUUGUUACCCUAGUUGUAUGGUUCCUGUAGAUCAGUAUCUUCUGUAGUGACCUGUGCUCUCCUGUCACAUGCCGCCUGUCUUUUUACAUACUGUGGUACUCACCUUGCACCCUUGCUGUCUUUGUAUAGUUUUACUAGUUCCACCAUCAGGAGUAGCAGCACUCAGUAUUGCUAAAUCCUGCUGAUGCUACCUGUGCAACUGCUAACAAUAAACACCAAUCAGGGAGCACAGUGUGCACAAAGAAGUAGUAAAAUGGCAGGCAACUUGCAAGAGGAAGGGAAAGGAAACCAGAGCUUACAGGAAACUUGGUCACCCUUCUAUGGCUCCUCUUGAAUCCCCUAUUCUGCAUGUACAUGCUCAUUUAACUACUCUUUAGACUACACAAUUCUGUGUGUACAUGCUCAUUUAACUACUCUUUAGACUACACAAUUCUGUGUGUGCAUGCUCAUUUAACCACUCCUUAGACUAUACAAUUCUGUGUGUACAUGCUCAUUUAACCACUCCUUAGACUACACAAUUCUGUGUGUGCAUGCUCAUUUAACCACUCCUUAGACUACACAAUCCUGUGUGUACAUGCUCAUUUAACCACUCUUUAGACUACACAAUUCUGUGUGUGCAUGUUCAUUUAACCACUCCUUAGACUAUACAAUUCUGUGUGUGCAUGCUCAUUUAACCACUCCUUAGACUACACAAUUCUGUGUGUGCAUGCUCAUUUAACCACUCCUUAGACUACACAAUUCUGUGUGUGCAUGCUCAUUUAACCACUCCUUAGACUAUACAAUUCUGUGUGUGUACAUGCUCAUUUAACUACUCCUUAGACUAUACAAUUCUGUUUGUGCAUGCUCAUUUAACCACUCCUUAGACUAUACAAUGCUGUGUGUGCAUGCUCAUUUAACCACUCCUUAAACUAUACAAUGCUGUGUGUGCAUGCUCAUUUAACCACUCCUUAGACUACACAAUUCUGUGUGUGCCUGCUCAUUUAACCACUCCUUAGACUACACAAUUCUGUGUGUGCAUGCUCAUUUAACCACUCCUUAGACUAUACAAUUCUGUGUGUGUACAUGCUCAUUUAACUACUCCUUAGACUAUACAAUUCUGUUUGUGCAUGCUCAUUUAACCACUCCUUAGACUAUACAAUUCUGUGUGUGCAUGCUCAUUUAACCACUCCUUAGACUACACAAUUCUGUGUGUGUGCCUGCUCAUUUAACCACUCCUUAGACUACACAAUUCUGUGUGUGUGCAUGAUCAUUUAACCACUCCUUAGACUAUACAAUUCUGUGUGUGUGCAUGAUCAUUUAACCACUCCUUAGACUAUACAAUUCUGUGUGUGUGCAUGAUCAUUUAACUACUCCUUAGACUAUACAAUUCUGUGUGUGUGCAUGAUCAUUUAACCACUCCUUAGACUAUACAAUUCUGUGUGUGUGUGCAUGCUCAUUUAACCACUCCUUAGACUACACAAUUCUGUGUGUGGAUGCUCAUUUAACCACUCCUUAGACUACACAUUUUUGGGACUUAUUGCUUCCAGCAACAGCCUGAGAAAAUGCUACUUGCCGUUAAAUAACAACAGGCUGCAGGCAACAAGUGUCAGGCAGUAUGGUUAUUGUGAUGGGAACUAGGGUGCAAACCCAUUCUCCAUGAUCCUUUUUUAAGACAUCACUUGCACCCUGGCGCAUAUGCUGCUGAGUAUAAAGUGAUAGGAAAACAGGUUCAUAUGUCUAUAUGUGGCUUAUUUUGGCAGAUUACAUGUUUUCAAGACCUAUGAGCAUGGACUAAACUUUACUUUUAUUUAUGUGUAAUACAUAAACAAUUGUAAGUAUGCAUAUGUGCUUAUGCUCACAGGAUUAUUUAUUUAUAUAAAGGUGGGGCAAUAGUCCUAAUGGACUAUGAGGAUUAUAAAGAAGAUAUACUUAUGCAACUGACUGACAACAACACCUAUAGAAAGCUACUAGGUGACCCUACGGUCAAAUACAAGAAAGAACUGGAUGGUAUCCUCAAAUUAGGAUUUGAACAAGGAUACCUAACGGAACAACUCUUUGAGUACUGCACUACAACACACCCAAGAAUCCCAAUAUUAUACACCACCCCAAAAAUACACAAAACCCUACACCAUCCACCAGGGCGGCCCAUAGUCUCUGCAGUACAGUCACUCACACAGCCUGUGGCACAAGUAAUAGAUAUUUUCCUUCAACCCAUUGUCAAGACAGUCAGAUCAUUUAUUUCAGACACCAAUGACCUAAUUAGGAAGAUGAGGGAUGUGCGUGUGGAGACUGGGGACAUCCUGGUCACCCUGGAUGUCAACAGUCUCUACACCAUCAUCCCUCACGAUACAGGACUUAUGGCUACCAAACAACACCUCAUAGACAGCACACUAUAUGAGGGACCCCCUAUUGACUACUUUUUGACACUAAUGGAAUAUUGCCUCACUAGGAACUAUUUUCGCUUUGAGACAUCCUUUUAUUUACAACUUACGGGCACUGCGAUGGGGUCAAAUAUGGCCCCAUCGUAUGCCAACAUAUAUAUGUCUCAGUUCGAAAACCAAUUCCUAUGGAGCACUGACACAUCGCCGGUUGUUUUCUACGCAAGAUACAUCGAUGAUGUGUUCAUGGUGUGGCGUGGCGGACAACAGGCACUGUUGGAGUGGUUCAUGAAAUGGAACAAUACCCCUACACCAGUGAGAUUCAAGAUCACGCACCAUCACAAGGAGAUACAAUUUCUAGACCUCAAUAUUUACAUAGAGGGAAGUACCUUAGGCACCACACUCUACAGUAAGCCUACUGACAAAAAUUCCAUUUUAAGUGCAACAAGCUGCCACCCCCCAGCCUUACUAAAAGGGAUAGUCAAAUCACAGAUGACUAGAGUUGUACGCAAUAAUUCCAACAAAGCUACAGGGGUCUCACAGUUGCAGCUCAUGCGGGACAAAUUCUUGCAGCGGGGAUACAAGCAACAGAUAAUUGAUAGCACCCUAAAAGAAGUCCUUCCAUACACCCAGGACAGCCUGAUUUACAAGGGGAAUCUGACAGAGAAACCGAAUAAAUUGAUAAUGGCAACAACGUUUUCACCUAACACAACACAGGCUGGGAACAUACUAAGAGAACACUGGCCAAUAGUACAGUCUGACCCAAAAUUGACCUUUACGCACAACCUGACACCAAUGAUAGCAUACCGGAGGGGCACUAACCUAAAGGACAGCUUGGUACGUACAGAUCCUAAAUCAAGCUACAUGGACACUACCCAUAUUAACAUCAAAGGUUCAUAUAGGUGCCUAGGGUGCACAACAUGCAAUGGUCUCAUGACAACUAAGAACUUUCACCAUCCUCACACAAAUAAAGUAUUCAAGAUCAAGCACUCAAUAUCCUGCACUACAACAUUUGUAGUCUAUCUGUUAUUCUGUCCAUGUGCCCGGUUCUAUGUGGGCAAGACGAGCGGAACACUCCGCGACAGGAUGGCUAACCAUAGACGGGCAAUACGGCUGGCACUGGAACAAGGAGGAUCGGAUCAACCAGUGGCCAGACAUUGCGCCAAUAUGAAACACCAGGUGUCCACUAUCAGGUAUAUCCUGAUUGAUCACAUCCCCCCCCCUUGAUAGGGGUGGUGAUAGAAACAAGGCCCUGCUUAGAAGAGAGGCUGAAUGGAUAUACAGAUUGGGCACUAUAGCCCCAGGAGGGUUAAACUCACCUCUAGACUUUAAAGCGCUCAUGUAAACAGAGACACAAACUGGGGCAUGGCAAAUACACCUCGAGUAGUAUAUGACGAUGCACUGGGAGUCAGGCCUCGUGGGGGGUAGACUAUUCAGUGCAGGGCGCACUACCUGUUGUUGGGGGAGUCAUGGUAAUGAUUCCCUCCAAUGUAGCAGCACUCGGUCUAUCAAUGCCAAUUGCCAACAAGUUCUCAUGCAGUUUCAAAACACUGAGCCUCCUUUAAAUACAGAGCAAUCACAUAGAGAUUAUUCAUCUACAUCAACCCAAGGUGAUAAUCUCAACGUGCAGAAAUCAACCAACAGGAACUCCACAAAGCCUAUGAAUCAUGGACAUACAACUAUGUCAGAGAUGACAUUAAUCCCAAAAUAGAGGAACGCACCCCAUACAUCCAAAGGUCAGGUUGUGCUAGUACAAAAAUACCAGGGACUCUGUACCAGGACUAUCAAACUAUGAGGAAUCUAAAAAACCUAAAGAUUGAACCACGGAUGGAAGUUACUAUAUAGUAAGGUGACACAGAAUAACUAUAUGGACUAAUAGGGCAAUAAUAGCAUCCUUUAAUACACAAUAAGAGAAGCCAAGAUGUGUACAUUAGACUUCAAGAGUAUGCAGACACAAGAGGAAUAAAUAUAAUUUAGAACAAAAUCGAAACCAAUUAUACAUUACUAAUGCUAAGUGUACAAUGUAGCAACAGUGUAUAUGUUGCUUUUCAUUUUUUAUUUACUUUUGUGUAUUUACUUUCAUUCAUGUUAGAUUGUUCGAUGCUUUUAUUUGUUUUAGUGUAAUCCAGGUGUAGUUGUGUAGAUCAAAUACACAGUUCACAUUGAUAACUUAGGAAUACACUAAUGAUAACCGGGAUGAUACACAGAUAGUACACACAAUAAGUGCCAGAGAAUACUCUUUAGCUCAUACAUAUGCCUCUAACAGGCAUGUUCCAGGAUAAGCUAAAGAGACACAUAAAUGAAUCAAUUCCAUAAAACCAUGCAAAUACCAAGAUAAUAGCAAGGUAUGUAGGUAGCCCAUACUGGUUAUAUGAUAUAGCAGAAUCCGAUAAAAAGUAAUAAACAGAUCAAUCCGCCAAGUAGAACCGGCACAACAAACGGUUUCCAUGACAACCAGACUAUGAUAGCGUGUCCUAUUGAACCGUUUAUACAAAUGAUCGAGACGGACACUAGUAAGCCUACAUACAGGGGGCUUUAAUUUAAGGUAAUAGGGAAUAAUGUGCACAUACAAGAGUUUACGAAUAGUAGACAAUGCUUCAGUCGAAUAAUAUUCACGCAAUUUGAAUAACUCACAAAGAAUGUGAUGCACUAUCAACAAUGGCACAAAUAAUGAAACACUUUGGCACACUUAGUUUCUUGUGGUUAAUUACAAAUGAACACCACUAGUGUAAUAGCGAAAUACAAUAUUAAAAUUAUUAUUUUUUUUGUAAAUUUGAGGAUACCGGAAACAACACUGCACCGAACACUUCCGGUUCACACAGUGGAACGCAGAAUAUGCGCUCCACACACACACUGUUUGGCGCCACCACACUGAGAAGAAUUUUCACACACAGGUAUUUUGUAUUAGUUUGAUGAGUAAUAUGCCUCUAUUUAAGUUUGUUUGAUGCACUGUAUGUUUAUGCUGAUGAUGGGGAGGAAUACCCCGAAAACGUUUCAUUAAAAUUAUCUACGAUUUUCACCAAAAGACCUGAGAGUGCGACUAUUUUUCCGGAAUAUUAAUUGCAUGUUGGCACCCAGGCAGAUGACCAUUGGAGGGUAACACUGUACAACUGAUGGGAUUUUAUAUAUAUAUAUAUAUAUAUAUAUACACACACUAUGUAUGUGUGUGUGUGUGUAUGUGUAUAUAUAUAUACACAUUGUCAAAAUAUUCUCAAAACUUAGCUCCAAGCCAAGCUCCUAAUAUUUCCUGCUGCAUCAAUUCCCUUAAAUUUUUAUUUCAGCUUGUGUAUUUCAUUGUUUGUCAGUAUGUGUGAGUGACAGUGUGUGUAUGCGCCAAUGUAUCUGUGUGUGUGAGUCUGAAUGUGUCUGUGCCAAUGUAUCUGAGUGUGUGUGUGUCUGAAUGUGUCUGUGCCAAUGUAUCUGAGUGUAUGAAAAUGUAUUAAAGUUUAGCAUACAGUGACUUCAAAAUGUACUAGUAAACUCGGACUAGUAGAAUUUUGGGAUACUUUAGGGUCACGUAUAAUUUGGAGCUCUUUCCCACAUCACUCUGAGCAUUGCCUUGUGUGCUGUGUACCGGAGCUUACAGAUAGUAAAUCGGCAGCGCCACAGUGGCGAAAUGGUGAGACAGCCUGAAUAAUCAUUAAUUGGGGUUUAAUUAAGGAGGAUUGCUAAGGCUUUCUUUAAGGGGCUAAUGUCUGACAUAAUGGAGGACUCAUUAUCUGGCUUCAGUCAGGAGGAGGUGAGUUCUCCUGUUUUAAUGGAGUCAAAUAAGUGUAUGCUUUGCAGAUUGACCACAGGGUGCCCCCCGGUUACUUUGUAAAGUUUUGUUUUUGUUAGCUAUUUCUUCUGCUCUUUUGAGUUUCUGAAUUGUCUUCUCUUCAGUGUGACCCGCCUUAUCUGAUUUUUCAUACAGAUAAGGCUGUUCUGCAGACAAAGAUGGAGUUUUUACCUAAGGUUGUUUGAACUCACAAUAUUAAUCAGGAAAUUGUGGUUCCGUCUCUUUGUCCUAUUCCUUCCUCUUCUAAGGAGAGGCUGUUACCCAAUCUGGAGGUGGUUAGCACUUUAAAGUUCUACCUUCAUGCUACCAAGGAAUUUUGGAAAUCAUUUUCCUUAUUUGUCCUUCAUUCUGGUAAGUGCAAGGGUCAGAAAACCACUGCAGUUACCCUAACCUUUUGGCUCAGAAGUUUGAUUCGCAUGGCAUAUAUAGAAGCGGGUCAGAAGACUACAUCCCGGAUUACUGCACUUUCUACACAUGCGGUUUCUUCUUCCUGGGCCUUCAAGAAUUAGGCUUCAAUUGAACAGAUUUGUACAAAAUGUUACCAAUUUGAUGUUUUUGCCUCAGCAGAGGCAUCUUUUGCGAGAAAGGUUCUUCAUGCGGUAGUGCCUAGUUCCUUUACUACCUUUCCCUCCCUAUUCAUUUUGUGUCCUCCACAGCCUGAGUAUUAGUUUCCCAUAGGUAAUGAAUGAAUUUGUGGACUCUCACUGCCAUUAGAAAGAAAACAUAAUUUAUGCUUACCUGAUCAAUUCUUUUAUUUCUUGUCAGUGAGUCCACGAACCCGCCCUGACAUUCUGUAGUGUAGCCAAUCUUAUGGCACCUCUGUACCCCUUGUAUCUCUCUCCUUUUCCUUAUCCUCGGCUUGAACUACUGGGAGGAUAGGGGAAGUGGGAGGGAUAUGUAAUGCUUUGUUGUUGGGGUGUCUUUGCCUCCUCCUGGUGGCCAGGUGAAGUAAUUCCCAUAGGUAAUUAAUUAAUUUGUGGACUCUCACUGCCAAGAAAGAAAAUAAUUUUUCAGGUAAGAAUAAAUGAUGUUUUUAUUUUUAUAUUCAUAGUUACCUUCACAGCACAGAGAAGAUUGAUAUUAAUGCUGAUAUAGAUUUAAUAUCAUAUACUGUUAUUUGUCUUUUCAUAUACUAUGAAUAUAGAUUAAUGGGAAAUGAAGGAAAUGUAUGCAUCUUCUAACUAGGUUGUAUUUAAAGGACCACUAAAUACAGUAGAAUUAAAUAUCCGACAAAUACAUAAUAAAAAGACUAUGCAACAGUA